UUUUUGAUGGACAAUGUUUUAGGACAGAGCAUUGGGGAUAUCAUUCGGGCAAAUUUUCGGCAUGCCCACCCCAACUGGACUCUUACACCGGACCACGUUCGCAUUACUUGGUUCAAGUGUUUCGCGGUUAGUUUUUCAUUUUUUAAAAAAAAAUUAAUUCAUGCAUGCAUUGAUAGUAUAUAUAAA